AUGUUCUACCAGCAGAGGGCGCAACACGGCAAAGAAAAGUGCCAGCCCGUCAGAUGGCCUUCAGACUACAACACAUUUCAGACACAUCAGGAAAAAGUCAUACAUCACCUGAAACCUGCACAGGCAAGCAGCAAUACCAACCUGAUGGAUAGUUUUCACCCUCACACCGUGCUCAGCAAGCUUAAUGAGCAGCGCUCACAAGGCCUUUUCUGUGAUGUGACUAUUGUAGUGGAGGAUGUAAAGUUCCGUGCCCACAAGAACAUCCUGGCAGCUUGCAGUGGCUACUUCAAGAAUGCUCUGACAAAUGAGACGUGGAGUUCUAGCCGUGUGCUGGAACUGAUGGACCUUAAAUCCGAAGUUUUUGCCUGCGUCCUCAACUUUAUCUACUCAGCAAAGGUGACAUCGUCUAGUGUCGAGGACAAGAAGGCGCUAAUAGCGGCAGGGAAAAGACUCGGCAUUCCCUUUUUAGAGAAGCUCGCAGGGCAAGAGAAAAAGGAAAACCAAGCAGACUCCGUUAAAUCCACAGAUCGAAGCACAGCUAGUGUGCUUAAAAAAAACAGGGAUGAGGCCAGCAGACCUGAGGAGAUUGAUGGUUCUAGAGGACCAAGAAUCACCAAUGCCUUCUCAAUCACUGAAGUGUGUCCCGGGAACAAUCCAUUCACCCCACUGGAAGAAGGUCGGCAGUCACCAGAUGAGGGGCUCCCAGCAAGUUGCCCAAAAUCCUCCUACUUCAAUGGGAUUAAUGAGUCUCACACCUUCUUGGACCACUCAUAUGCUGUGAACCAAGUACCCGAAGAAAUAGGUCAGACAAAUCAAUGGGAUGGCAAGAAGGAGUUAGUAAUACUGCCAAAGCGAACUAAUUACCGGAAUUCAGGUCCACUCAAGAAGCGCCACAGGCUCAGAGGUGCUGUGUUUCGAAGUUUAUUUCCAACACAUACUGAACCCCACACGGAAAAAUAUGAUACGUUAAUGACCCCAAUAUUACCUGAGGGAGUGACGGCAGCACAGAAUGAACAAGAAAAGACCAGCAACGCAGUCAUUCCUUUUUCCACCAGCUAUGUCCAAGAGGCGUCGAGUCUUUCGACUCUUCCAGCGGAGGACAGCAUCUCAAUCUACGGAUGUAAACGUUGUCCAGAAGUAUUCACAAGUGAAUAUCUCUUAGCAACUCACUCCAAGGUACAUCAGAAAUAUUCCGAUAGUCCUUUGUUUUGCAAGUUUUGUGACAAAAAAUUUAUUCGUCCAAAACGGCUACGCAACCAUGAGCAAAACUGCCCGAGGGUUGUGAGUGCAAAGCCGGAACAAGAUUUCAGUGAGAUAGCUGUCACAGAGGGGGAUCUCGAUUCAGUUAGCGCAUUGAGCGAGGAGGCCAUCAGAACACAGUUUCCUCCGGUGACCGACCCCCUUCUUGAAGCUCAAUUAGAGGCCCCCAAAGAUGGACAUAAGAAAAGGUUAGGUGGCAGUCAGAGAAGAUACAACUGCAGUGUAUGUAAACGGGUGUAUAUAACACUUUCCAGUCUGAAGAGGCAUGAAAACGUACAUUCCUGGCAGAGGGCUUAUCCCUGUCACUACUGUAAUAAAGUGUUUGCAUUGGCCGAGUACCGUACCAAACAUGAGAUCUGGCAUACGGGCGAACGCCGCUAUCAGUGUAUUUUCUGCCUGGAAACGUUCAUGACCUAUUAUAUCUUAAAAAACCAUCAAAAGUCUUUCCACGGGAUUGAUCCCUCACUAGCCAUUAAGCGGAAAUCUGCCAAUGGUGGUCUGAAAGCCAGUGUCUACCCAAUUAAGCUGUACAGGCUUCUGCCUAUGAAGUUUAGGAAAAGACGAUAUAAGACAUACAGUCAGACGUAUUCGGAGGGUGACGACGCAGACUAUCAAGGACAACUUGACAAUAAUCCUCUCGGACCUCAGUUUGAAGGAAACAGCAUGAGCGGCUGCCCCGAUGGUGGUUCAUUGCCUUUGACUUUCAUGACAACCACAACGAUGGUAGCUCCUGUCAUGCCCCGCAUCAGCUUUGACAAGUCCUACACAAUGGACCAAAGUUUGCACCACAGUUAUCCCCAGGGAGGAAAAGACACUGAGAAUAGUUCACCUUUCAUUAACAUUGACUAUACAGUCCCUGAAUCAGAUGCGGAAAGUUGCCCGACGGAUAAUAAAGGUAGCUCUCUUGACGUCCUUAACUCGCAUCACAUCAGUCCAAAUGUAACAUUCCUAAACUCACUGAACACCGUGGAAAAGCUCAGCGAGUUAUCCGCUUCUGCAAAACGAGUCGAGAAAAUGACGAAGGAAAUGCUUCGCUCGAAUACCGAAAAAGUGAGUCAUGAGAAGACGGCGGGCUCCAAAACAGCUACCUACAUUGCCAAACCUGUGUGCCCGGGUCCAUCUGCAGAUGGUGAUGCCAUGCCUUUGUGCCAGAUUACUGUCAAAAUAGGCGAUGAAGCCAUCAUCCGCCGCAGAAUCAAAGGCUCCAACCUCUUCCCAAGAAGGAAAAAGAGAGAAAUGAAGAAACUGGGUGAGAUGGAGGGGCAAAGUCCACUCCAUUCAGAUGACAAGUUGGAAAGCUCCAGGCGCCGCUUCAGACCAGACAUCUCAAGUUUAUUAUCUGAGACUCACGAAGAUCCCAAUGACUGCGACAUGGCUGAUGAGCUUUGGCGUCCCUACUAUUCUUACAAAUCAAAAAAGAAGAGAAAGAAGCUAAAAUUCAAGCACAGGCGAGCUUUGUAUCACGAGUACAAAGAGCCCGUAAGAACUGACGCCGGUGCCAGCGAGGCCCGAUCGGACAGUUGGCAAACACCAGACAGUAUCUCAGGUGGGGGAGAUGUGAAACGGAGUCUUCAUAGGAGUUGCAGCCCAAGGACAACCUACAACUGUGACAUUUGCGACAGCUCUUUUAUCACCGAGACGGGUUUAAGAGCUCACGUUAUUGGUUCUCACCCCUAUUUCUGUCACACCUGCGGUAAACAAGGUCCCCCGGGCGAGACGCCUAGCGGCAAUGAUUACAUUUGCAACAGUUGUAUGGAAAAGGGCUCCUGCUUUGACAAUUCAACCCGAAGCCCCAACCCGGAGAAGAAGUUUCACUGUUCCUUCUGUCCACAGCGGUUUCUCUACCUUGCCACCAAGAGAAGCCAUGAGAAAAAGCACCAGGAGACAACUGGGGAGGGUUAUACCAUCCAACCAUCUUUGGAAUACUUGGAUAACAAAAAGGACUGCAUCAAAACAGAGGAGGAGGAUGACAAUCAAGAAAGUUCUGACACGCAAUAUGAGGAAGGAGUACAUUUCCCCUUGAAGAUACCUAAAACUGAGGAUACCUCUGAGUUAAUAACUCAACAUCAGGACAUUAUGUGCGUGCGCAUUAAAAGUCCGACAUCGCCACAGAGCGAGACAAUGUUCACUUUGACUCCGCCCUCAAAAAAGCAAAAAGUGAAACAGAAAACAAAAAAGCUAAUCAAUUCACCACAUUCUUUAGAUCUAGCUUUAACACCUCAAGCUAGGCACAAAGACGGUUUGGAAGCAAACAGUGUAAAUGAUCAAGAGAUGUCCUCCAAACUGUCAACAAAAGAUGCAUCGGACUUUAAAGAUAACCACAUUUCAGCACACAAGCCGGAGAAAAGGAUGUGUAAAGACGAACCGUUUUUCUAAAUCACUUUAACCUUGAAAACUUACAGAAAGUGAGAUUCAUUAAGUUCGAAUCACUUCUGUGAGUAACUGUACAGUACUAAAAUUGUAAUGUUUUUGCAGCAGAGCUUGACAAAAUGUUUCUAAAGAACACUGAAUAUUAAUGUCUAAUGUCUGCAGGAAUUUUAUCCUCGAGUGACUAUAAUGUAAUUUAUAUAGGUUGUGAAGACCUGACACAUUUUUGUUUAAUUGUUUAUGCAUCACUUGCAAAGAAAUCAUGUGACCUGGCUGGAAGAUUUAAAAAUAAAAAGAGCCGUUUACAAGAAGCCAGUUGGAAUAGUGUUAUUAAGAAAUGUUUGCUUUUCCCGAGGAUGAAUUGGAUACAGUAGGACAUUGAGGGCUAUGCUUUAACUAUGUCAGAAAAGCAACAAGCUUUGUAUGAUUUCUUGGACUCCCAUGCCGUUAUAAUUGAACAUAGAGGGUUGCACUUUAUACUUAAACUUGUGUUUCAAUAAUUCAAUUGCAAACUGAUGGAAUGUGUCAUUCUUUUCCUUUUCUGACACAGCACUUGUAAGUUGAAACGUUUGAUAUAUUCCGUGUAUAAACUGUAUGAAAUUUAAAUAAAAUAUUCAUGGAUCAAGCA